CAUUCUGGCUCGAGCGAUCGUGGCCCAAGCUCGGCUUUGAUCGGCGCCCUCGGCACGCCUCGCAGAUUCGGAGAGCAGCUUCUCCCAGGAUGCCGGCGCGCGCGCUGGCCCUCGCAGCCGCGGCUUCCGUGCCGGCGGUGGGCGCGGAGCUCGCCAGGUUUCCACUGCAGCGCCGCGAGUUCGACUUCCAGGAGAGGAUCGAGUCCAUCCACCUGAGCGCUUCGCGCAUGGAGGCGAGGUACGGAGCUGUCGAAGGAACCACCAGCGACGUCGUGAUCCAGGACUACCAGAACGCCGAGUACUACGGCGACAUCACCGUGGGCACCCCGGGCCAGACCGAGUCGGUCAUUUUCGACACGGGCUCAUCGAAUCUCUGGGUGCCCCAGACCAAGCCGUGGUUCUCAAGCCACAAGGUCUACAGCCAUGACAAGUCCAGCACUUACAAGAAGAACGGCACCGUCUUCAAGAUCCAGUACGGGUCUGGCCCUGUCAGCGGCUACUAUUCCUCCGACACCGUCAGCAUCGGAAACUUGCAGCUCAAGGACUACACGUUCGCCGAGGUCACUGACACUUCGGGCCUGGGUUUGGCGUACCGCCUGGGUAAAUUCGACGGCAUCUUGGGCCUCGGGUGGGACUCCAUCUCCGUCGGGGGCGUACCGACUCCCAUGCAUGCACUGGUCGAGUCUGGCCAGCUGGCCGAGCCGGUGUUCGCAUUUUACCUCGGCAACAACCAGCCUGGAGAGCUGGUCUUCGGCGGCGUGGACCACAAGCAUUACACGGGGGACUUUACCUUCGUGCCUCUGAGCUCCGAGACCUAUUGGGAGGUCGACCUGAACGGCGCGAAGCUGGGCAGCUUUUCCGUCGCCGGACAGGGCAAGGCCAUCGUCGACUCGGGUACCUCCCUUCUCGCGGGCCCCACAGAUGCCAUCAAAGCGAUCGCGGACAAGCUCGGCGCGAAGAGUGUCAUGGGCAAGGCGUACUCGAUCGACUGCAACGCCGACAUCGCGGACCUUUCCUUUACCCUGGACGGCAAGGACUUUGCCCUGAAGAAGGCGGACCUCAUCCUGCAGGCCCAGGGCUCGACGUGCAUCCUGGGCCUGAUGAGCGUUGACGUGCCCCCGCCGCGCGGCCCACUGUGGAUCCUGGGCGACGUCUUCAUGCGCAAGUACUAUGUGCAAUUCGACUGGGGCAACAAGCGCCUCGGCUUCGCGGAGGCGGCCCAGGCUGUGACCGAGCUCGUGGUUUGAGGAAACGCGAGGAGCGCUGUGCAAUCCCAGCUCCCGCAAAGCGAUCCCACUGAUGGCGCGGGGCUUAAUACACGUUCUUGCCGCUUGCAACCCGACCCCGUCUUGCUCAUCUGAUUGUCGUCCUCACGUCCCUCCCUCCCUCCUCCUCAUCCUCCCUGCUCCUCCCUCCUCCUUUUUGGGGCAGGAGCGCGCCUGAUCGGCUGUGCUGCGACGGCCUGGAAGCCUCAAGCUAGACUUUGUGCUUCCAGCAUUUUGACCGCGCAUCCGAGCAGGAAGGAGGCAGCGCCGCCCGGACGAGCCCUGAGAUGCUGUCCGCAUUCGUGGGCAAGUCGAAGAAGCCUAAACAUUUAAAUCCUUCGAUCCCUCCUCGAACGCG